CACUGCGAGCUGCGAGUUGCCCUCGUGUUCGCUCUUCAACGUCGUCCAUCGAGCAGAGUCGGGCUGAGGUUAUAGUGCUCCCGGUUCAACACAAAUUUUCUCACCAUGGCUGUCGGAGAUUUCAAGUCUGAGAAGGGCGUCAAGGACCUGGACGCCUUUCUGGCCGAGCGUAGCUACGUCGACGGUUUCGUGCCAUCCCAGGCCGAUAUUUGUGUGUUCGAAGCUCUCGCCAAGGCGCCGUCAGCUGCUACCCCACACGCACUGCGCUGGUACAACCACAUCAAGUCGUAUCAGGGCGCCGAGAAGCAGAAGCUCCCCGGCAAGAAGGAGGUCCCCUCAGCCCUGCUCAAGGGAGGUUCGGCCGCCGCCCCCGCAGCCGCCCCCGCGGCCGCCAAGCCCGCCGCCGAUGAUGACGACGACGUGGACCUGUUCGGCUCCGACGAGGAGGAGGACGCCGAGGCCGCCAAGAUCAGAGAGGAGAGGCUCGCCGCGUACGCCGCCAAGAAGUCCAACAAACCCACAGUGAUCGCCAAGUCCUCCAUCGUCUUGGACGUGAAGCCCUGGGACGACGAGACCGACAUGAAGGCCAUGGAGGUCCAGGUUAGGACCAUCGCCAUGGACGGCCUGGUGUGGGGCGCCUCCAAGCUGGUGCCGGUCGGCUAUGGUAUCAACAAGUUGCAGAUCAUGUGUAUUGUGGAGGACGACAAGGUGUCGGUUGACCAACUGACGGAGGAGAUUCAGAACUUCGAGGACUUUGUGCAGUCUGUUGACAUUGCGGCCUUCAACAAAAUUUAAGUUAACUCCUUUUUUUAAUUUAACAAAUUUGUAUAUUUUACUGAAAUGUGCGUGCCCUGUCCUGUUCUUGUGAUGUUAUUGGAAAAUUUGUACUGUUGACCCAGUAAAUUACGCUCACUUGUA